CUAGCGUCAGUUGUUGCCUAGCUACUUGCUCACGUACUGAAAUUCCUGGAAUUUAAGAACCGACCGAUAACGAAUAAGCUAAGCUAAGCUAUAUACAGACUUCACUGAAAUUUCCUAGCUUCGGGAUGAGUAUGGCCAUGGCUGCUCAUGCAAGAAACAUUGCAUUGCUCUUAUUAUUAGUCUUAUUACUCUUACUUCCACUUCUGGUAAGCCCACAGAAUUACAGCUCGACGACAGACACCAUUACCCUCAAUCAACCUCUCAGAGAUGGGGAGCUAUUAAUCUCUAAAGAUAAUUCUUACGCUCUCGGUUUCUUCACCCCCGGAAAUUCCACCGGCAGGCGUUACGUCGGAAUUUGGUACCGGAAAAUCCGAGAACGCCUCGUCGUUUGGGUGGCGAACAGAAACAUCCCCGUCAAUGGCAUGUCGGGAGCCCUCUUCAUCGACGUCACCGGCAACCUCGUCAUCCAAGACACGAAAUCCAACAUCUCUGUCUGGAACACCAGUCUUGAUUUUCCGGCGACCAGCUCAAAGGUAUCCACCUCUGCUCAGCUCCGAGAAACCGGGAAUCUGGUCUUGUCUCAUAAUGAUCAAAAGACAGCGGCGUGGCAGAGUUUCGAUCAUCCGACGAACACAUUACUGGCCCACAUGAAAUUCGGGGUGGACCGGAAACGCGGCCUGAAUCUUUCUUUUUCGUCGUGGAAGUCGCCGGAUGAUCCCGCCGUCGGCGACUACACUUGCAGCUUACAAAUGAUGGGAAAGCCCCAAGCUUUCAUGUUCAAGGAUUCGACCCCGGUCUGGAGAAUGGGUCCGUGGAACGGAAUCCGGUGGGCCGCCGCGUCGGAGAUGACUCCGACCUUCACACCGUACGUGUUCACGGACAACGCCGACGAGGUGACGGAGGGGUACUUAAUAAAAGACCCGAGUAUGUACUCUGUCUUGAUGCUGAACGAGUCGGGGACGGUGAAUCGGAUCAUUUGGGAAGGAGAUACCGACGGCCGGAAUAUGAAGUGGAUCGGAAACUGGUACUUUCCGAUCGACGACUGUGACUCGUACGCGCACUGCGGCGCGUUUGGGAUAUGCAAUCCGGUAAGUCAGCUUUCCAGAUUCGAGUGUAGGUGCGUGCCCGGGUUUGAACCGAAGAAUGCCGCCGAAUGGAACCGGAGCGACGGGAGACACGGCUGCCGGAGACCGGGUAACGGGAACGAACUCUGCCGUAACGGCGAGGGUUUUUUGAAGUUGGAGUAUGUUAAGAUUCCAGACACGCGAAUGGCGCGCGUGGAUAGAGACAUGGGGUUGGAGGAGUGUGAGGAACUUUGCUUGAAGAACUGUUCUUGCAGCGGAUACGCCGCAAAUAACAUCAGCGACGGCGGGACGGGAUGCAUCACUUGGUACGGUGAGUUGAUUGAUAUAAAGGAGUUCAUUCAUGGAGGCCAGGAUCUGUUUAUUCGUGUCGCCUCAUCCGAUUUAGGUCAAUAUGGAAUGAAAAGUGCAAAUAAGCAUCGUUGGAAAUGGGCAAGAGUAAUUGUCAUUGUUCCUAUUAUUGGUGCACUAAUGCUCGUGUUCUUUUGCUUUGCAAUGAAACGGAUGAAAGCAGCUAAGGAACCACUACGCAAUGAAAGCUUACAAUCCUAUCAAGAAGGGUGUAGAGUGGGGAAAUAUAUGGACGAAGCCCAUAGACAACCCUCCGCAGAUGUGUUAUUAUUUGAUCUCAACACUAUUCAAGCAGCCACGAAUACCUUUGCUAUUGAAAAUAAACUUGGAGAAGGAGGAUUUGGUUCUGUUUAUAAGGGUACAUUGAAAAAUGGAAAAUUAAUAGCCGUGAAAAGGCUCACAAAAACCUCAGGUCAAGGAAUAGAAGAAUUCCAAAAUGAAGUUAUACUAAUUGCAAGAUUGCAACAUAGAAAUCUUGUGAGGCUUUUAGGCUAUUGUAUUCAACAAGGGGAGAAGAUGUUGGUGUAUGAGUACUUACCGCAUAAAGGUCUCGACAGUUUCAUCUUUGAUAAUGAGCAGGGCAAGCAUUUGGAUUGGGGAAUGCGUUUCGAAAUAAUAUCUGGAAUCGCUCAAGGAUUAUUAUAUCUUCAUCAAGAUUCUAGAUUGAAAAUCAUUCAUAGAGAUUUAAAAGCUAGCAAUGUGUUGUUAGAUGACUCUAUGGAGCCAAAAAUAUCUGAUUUUGGAAUUGCAAGAAUUUUUGGAGAGCAACAAGUUCAAGACAACACAAACACUGUAGUUGGGACAUAUGGUUAUAUGUCACCAGAAUACGCAAUGGCUGGACAAUUCUCUGUGAAGUCAGAUGUGUUUAGCUUUGGUGUAUUAUUGUUGGAAAUUGUUUGCGGAAAGAAGAAUAAGUAUAGGUUCAGGGAGGAAUCUGUCAACCUAAUAGAAGAUGUAUGGGAGUAUUGGAGUUGUGAUAAAGCUUUGGAUGUCAUCGACGCACAAUUAGAUAUGUCGCUAUAUGACAAUGGAGAAGUCUUGAGGUGUAUUCAUGUUGGCUUGUUAUGCGUCCAACCAUAUCCAGAGGAUAGACCAAGCAUGUCAGAUGUUGUUUUCAUGUUGAGUAAUGAAACCAAACUCCCUUUCCCUAACAAACCAGGUUUUAGUUUCAAAUCAACCGGUGAACUCGAGUCAUCUACCAUGAGUAUAGAAAUGCAAACUUUUAGCAGUGUGACAAUCACUGCCAUUGAAGGACGAUAAGUACUCACAUAUAUUUACUUCCUCGGUCUCGAUCAUCGUAGUUUUCUUCUCCUUACCCUUUGUGUAGGAUGUUCGAAUUUUUCUUCGCAUUUCCUUUUAAGAAAUACUACCUCCGUCCCCCUAAGUUUGGGACAAGAUAAGGUGACACGGUUAUUAAUAAAAGUGAGUUUAUGUGGUUGA